GUCGCCUUGCUUCUUUUCUUCUCUUCUUCAAGUAUCUAUCUUGCCCCGGUGGUAAACUCCCAUUCUUUCGUUUUUAUCACACCCACUACUUUCCCUUCUUUCACAUCUCUCUUAUCACCUCCCUCGUCUGAACAUAGACACACAUUCCUACUUCUUCUACUUAUCCCUCCAAGAUGCAGACCUUUGGUUCUUGGCUGGUGACGCUCUUGGCCGCCAGUGCCGAGCUCGCCUCUGCCCUUCCCCAGAGGAUGGAUCUGGUUCAGCCACAACAGCACGCGCAGGCACGGGCACCAGGACACAGGCUCUCUGUCCCCGUCGUCCACAACCCCAAGCGGCGCAGCAACCUGGCGCACCCGGCCCUGGCUCGCGCCAAGGCGCUCCGCAAGUAUGGAGGCACACUCCCCACCAGCGUCCAGAGCGUCGUGGACAGGAUCACCCUGGCGGCGGCUUCCAAGAAGCGUGGGACGGAAGAGGGAACCGUGGCGGCCACAUCUUCGGACGACGACACCGAGUGGGUGGCCACCAUCUCCGUUGGUACGCCGGCGCAGACUCUCCCGAUGGACUUUGACACAGGCUCCUCGGACCUGUGGGUCAUGAGCUCGUCCAGCUCGGGGACCUCGGGCCACAAGACGUACGACGCGAGCAGCAGCACGUCUGCCACCAAGAUGGACGGCUCCACCUGGUCCAUCAGCUACGGAGACGGCAGCUCCUCCAGCGGGACUGUCUACAAGGACACCGUCACCAUCGGCAAUCUGACGGUGAGCAGCCAGGCCGUCGAGGUCGCCACGACGGUGAGCGCCGAAUUCACCGAGGACACGGCCAUCAGCGGCCUUGUGGGCCUCGCCAUGAGCUCCAUCAACACCGUCGAGCCCACGCCCCAGCAGACGUGGUUCGACAACAUCAAGUCCAGCCUCGAGUCCCCGCUCUUCACUGCCGACUUGAAGCAUGAGACCACGGGCUCCUACAACUUUGGCUACAUCGACGCCUCGGCCCACACCGGCACUGUCUACUAUGCCGACCUGAUCACCAGCGGCGAGUACGGUGGCUUCUGGACCUUCGCCGCCAGUGGCUACACCAAGUCGAGGCGGGCGACCAAGACUACCCCGGCAGGCCUCACCGUCACGCGCGCCGACACCGCUAUUACCGGCAUCGCGGACACGGGCACGACGCUGCUCAUGCUCCCCGACACCGUCGUCUCUGCCUACUAUGCCCAGGUGAGCGGCGCGACGGAUAGCGAGGAGGAGGGUGGCUACAUCUUCUCUUGCUCCGCCGAUCUGCCCGACUUCACCUUUGGCGUCGGCGACGGCGAGAUCACCGUGCCAGGCAGCUACAUCAACUUCGAGCCCAUCAGCACGGGCUCGUCGCAGUGCUACGGCGGCAUCCAGAGCGACAGCGGCAUCGGCAUGGCUAUCUUUGGUGAUAUCGCUCUCAAGGCCGCGCUGGUGGUCUUUGACUCUGGGAACAGCCGGCUGGGCUGGGCUGCCAAGGAUACCUCGUCGUAGGAUGUCCAAAGGGAGGAAAUUGUUUGUUGUAUUUAUAGAGGAAGAGCCUGUGAGAUGAUAUCCCCAAAGACUUUUGGUAGAGAGAGAGAGUCAGGCGUCUUUUUAACCUUUUUGGAUUGGUCAUGGAGCCAAGCAUCUGUAUAUGUUUCUUUUUUCCCACUUGACUUCUUGGUCUAUUUACCUAUUCUCAAAUUUCUUCACAUAUAUAUAUCAUCUCCAUCUAGGAAAUAUCAAAGAUGUUCCAAA